AACAUUUUUGUUUCACAUAUGACUGUCUUUCACGGUUUUCGAUGUUGAAGCGCUCAACACGGGACCGCGUUACUGGGCUAUGAAAAUAUAGUAGUCUACUAAAAUAGAGAGGAAGAGGAAAUUCGACCGUGAAAGUGAAUGUAAAGAAGAGAUCUGGUCUUGGAAUUUUGGCAAACAAAUGGCGAAGGCUGCCAAUGAUAUUUUGGAGGAAAGCAGAAUUUCAAUGGAGGACAUCAUCGCUAAAAUGCUCUUCAUUAAGAAGGAAGGCAAAGGGCGAGCAGACCUCAGAGACCUCAUCACACAACUCUCUGUCUUAUUUCUUAAACUUCGCCAGGCAAAUCGUAUUAUCCUUCAAGAAGAAGAUCGUGUCAAAUCUGAAACUGAAAAUGCAAAGAUACCUGUAGAUUUUACAACUCUGCAGCUUCAUAAUUUGAUGUAUGAGAAGAAUCACUAUCAGAAAGCUAUCAAGGCAUGCAAAGAUUUCAAAUCAAAAUAUCCAGAUAUAGAUCUAGUAUCCGAGGAAGAAUUUUUUAGGAAUGCGCCAGAGGAACUCAAAGGAGAUCCGUUGUUGAAGGAUGAUCCACACAAGAGGAUGUUACAAAGACUCAACUUUGAGCUUUUCCAAAGAAAGGAGCUUUGCAAACAAUGGGAAGAACUAGAGCAGCGCAAAAAAAUUCUGCAGGAUACUAUUGCAAACCGUAAGAAGUUUAUCUCAAGUCUUCCUUCACACUUGAAAUCUCUUAAGAAGGCAUCAUUGCCAGUGCAACAGCAACUAGGUAUUCUUCAUACAAAACGAAUGAAGCAGCAUCAUUUGGCAGAGUUGCUUCCAGCCCCUCUCUAUAUUUUAUACUCUCAGCUGUUAGCACAAAAAGAGGCCUUUGAGGAGUCUAUUGAUGUAGAAAUUGUGGGAAGUACAAAAGAUGCUCAAUCUUUUGCUCGCCAGCAAGCCAACAAAGAUUCAGGCUUAGAGGAAGGUAAACUGGAUGAUGAUGUGCCUGAAGAAGAGGAUGAUUCUCAGAGACGACGCAAAAGGCCUAAGAAACUACAGAGCAAGGAGAAUGUGGAUGCAACAGGGAUUUAUCAAGUUCACCCUCUCUCUGUCAUUCUUCAUAUCUAUGAUGAUGAAACAACUCAUGGUGCAAGGCUAAGCAAAUUUGUCACUUUAAGAUUUGAGUACUUGGUUAAGCUGCAUGUUGUUUGUGUUGGUAUUGAAGGGUUGCAAGGAGGCAAUGAAAACAAUUUUCUUAUAAACUUGUUUCCUGAUGACACUGGUGUUGAUCUUCCACAUCAAACAGCUAAACUCUCAUCAAGCAUCAGCUUUUCAUUUGAUGAGAAAAGAGCACAGAGACCAUUCAAAUGGGUUCAGCACUUGGCAGGAAUUGAUUUUUUGCCCGAGGCUCCUCCAUUGCUCGGUGAUAAAAUGUUAGCAAGUCAUGAUUCUACAGGAGGUGGAUCUACUUUGGCAGGGCUAGCUGUAUACCGUCAACAGCAUCGUGUGCAGACAAUAUUGCAAAGAAUUCGUGAUCGAAAGAAGUCUCAGUUGGCUCUUAAGGAACAGCUUGAUUCAUUAACAAAGCUCAAGAUGCCAUCUCUCACAUUCAAAGAUGUGGCAUGGGCAACACACAGGUUUAAGUGUACUUUGCACAGCUGGUCUGUGGUAGAAGUUAGAGACAAUCAUGUUUCAACCAAUUCUUUUGGUGUUGAAGAGCCAAGCACCGAUCCGUCACUUUCUUUGGAUGGAGAGGGUGUUUCCCUUAAAGGAGAAUUUGAGAGUACAAGAGAAGAUGGGGAGCUUCCAUCAGGAACACACACUUUGGCCAUAAAUGGAAUUAAUUCAUAUGGGGUCAAAACUCCAUUGAUGAAAGAAUCUCCUUUUGACAACUCUAGCCGUCUUGCAUUAAUUUCAAAAAGUGCGGUGCCCAGUAAGGGGAAGUCUGAACAGCAUAGAGGAUUUAUUUAUGGUAGCUCAAAAUGUGGAGACAUUUUAGGUGAAGAAGUUGGGGAUGAUCUAGCUUUGGUUCUAGAGAUUGAGAAUGAUGAGAUGGAAUUGGCACAAAUGGAUAUAGAUGCAGAUUCUGCAUCAGAUGUUAGAUCUGGCAGUAAAGCUGGAACGCCUUGGGAGGAUUUUUCUGUCAGAGAAUUCUGUCUAAUAUACAGGAGGGAAGAUGCUUCUCGACAAAAACCUGUUGAUCUGGAAGCAAAGGUGAAAAUAAGCAUGGAGUAUCCUCUUAGGCCACCACUGUUUCAAUUGCGCUUGCUUUCGGAUAGUUUAAAACCAUCUCUUCCAGACACAAGAGUAGGUGUGCUCGAUGUAUCUGAUGCAACAGUAACUGGAGCUUCAGGUUUUGAAUGGUACAAUGAGCUACGGACCAUGGAAGCUGAGGUGAAUCUUCAAAUCUUAAAAAUUCUACCAGAAGAUGAGGAUAACCAAAUUUUAGGGCAUCAAGUAAGUUUUCUAGGAAUGCUGUUUGACGUUCAUAUGGACCAUGAACUUUCUUGUUCUCAUGUCAAGGACACGACAGUGACUGAUGUGGGGUUAUCUGAACCGGUGAGUGGAAGUAUCCUGUCAAGGUCAAUUAGGGGAAGAGACAGGAGGAAGAUGAUUUCAUGGAGUGAUAAGACAUCGUUAAAUGACUAAGUGCAUGAGAUUCCUUUAAUGACGAGGAAAAUAAGUUCAUGUACAUGAAUGCUUGGAAGGUCUGUUGGUUGUUUUGCUGAAAUGUCUAUGGGUGUGGUCAAAGUUGAGAACUUUGCAUCAGCUAAAUGGAUGGCUUUAAACCAAGUUUAAGCUUAUCAUUUUUUACUCGAUGAAAGCAGCAUCCAUGAAAAUUUUCAUGUUCGUUAAUGAUAUUCUAUUUCAUUAAUUAAUAUUCAAUAUAAAGUUAAUGGAAGAGAAUAAUAGAAAUGCUUAUGUCAAUAUUGCAAGGUACAUUAUAUAUAUUUUAUCAUGGAGUAGCUCGUCAGGUUGUUUUCUUU